UAACUCUGGUCUUGCCUUGACUACUUUGCCUAUGGCCUGUGCAUUGGAAACCAUCCGUAUCUAGCCCGGUCGCCUCAGUAACAUGUCGCCGAACACUUUUGAUUGCAUCGUAGUGGGCUCCGGACACGCUGCCAGUAGCGCCGCUCUCUCCGCUAUCGAAGCUGGCAGCAGACGCGUCCUCGUCGUCGAGAAGGGUCCCGCUGAAUGGGUGGGUGGUAAUGGCUACUUCACUGCAGGUGCCCAUCGUACCGUUCACGGCGGCCUGCAAGAUCUCUUGCCCAUCGUUACCAACGUCGCCCCGGAGACCGCAGCGACGAUCGACAUGGAUCCGUACACUCCUCAACAGUUCACGGACGACCUCAUGCGCCUCUCGGAUGGGAGGAGCGAUCCUGCGAUGGUAAAGGCCGUCGUAGAUGGGUCCCGGGAUGCGGUGGGAUGGUUGGCGGAGAAGGUCGGCGUCCCAUUCACCCUCUCCUUCAAUCGUCAGGCAUACCUUGUCAACGGCCGACAGAAGUUCUGGGGCGGUAUGGCACUCAGCGUCGCGGACGGAGGUAAAGGUCUGAUAGCGGCUCACAGACGCGCGCUGGAGGAGGCCGGCGUCGAGACGUGGUUUGAUACACCUGCCGUCGAACUCGUCACAGACGAAGGGAUUAUUGCAGGGCUGGUGGUUGAACGUGGUGGGCAGAGAGCCAUCCUCAACUCACCCUCUGUGGUUCUUGCUUGUGGCGGGUUCGAAUCAAGUGCCGACCUUCGCGGGAAGUACAUGAGUCCAAACUGGACCCAAGCAAAGGUGCCUCACCACAUACACCUACACUAUCGAACAUGCUACUCACGCCGGCGCCCUGCAGGUCCGAGGAACGCCCUACAACACCGGCGACGGCUUCACUCUUACGCGGCCUUUGAACGCCUCGCUCAUCGGGGAUUCUCCGCCACCGGCUGCCACUCUACGUGCUGGGACGCAAACGCACCUUCCGACUGCGGCGACCGCGUGCUCAGCAACCAGUUCACCAAGUCCGGCUACCCGCUCGGCAUCAUGGUCAACGCCCGCGGGCAGCGCUUCGUCGAUGAGGGCGAGGACUUCCGGAACUACACGUACGCGAAGUUCGGGCGUGCGAUCUUGCACCAACCGGGCGGAUGCGCGUUCCAGGUGUGGGACAGCGAGGUGGUGGAAUGGUUGCGGAAGGAGGAGUACGACGAUGGCGUGGUCGAGAAGGUCUGGGCGCAGAGCGUUGAAGAGCUCGCAGAUGCACUCUCGCAGAAGGGUCUGGAGGACAAGGCAGCGUUCGUGCACACCAUCGAAGCCUACAAUGCAGCGGUCCGUGCAUCCAAAACCGAGAACCCGUCCAGAACAUGGGAUCCCGCCGUCAAGGACGGGCUGUCGACAGUUUCCUCCCAGCCACAGCUCAGCGUCGACCCGCCGAAGUCGAACUGGGCUCUACCCCUCGAGAAGCCGCCGUUCCUUGCCGUGAAGGUUGCAUGCGGGAUCACGUUCACCUUCGGCGGCCUUGCGAUCAACCCUAAUACAGCAAACGUCUUGAACGAGAAGGGGGAGAACAUUCGCGGCCUCUUCGCCACUGGUGAGGUCGUCGGCGGGCUCUUCUAUGGCAACUAUCCAGGCGGGAGUGGGUUGACGGCCGGGGCGGUGUUUGGGAGAAAGGCAGGAGCGGAAGCUGCGAAGCUGGCGGCGCAGGCUGCUUGAUGACCUGUACUUUCUGGAUUGAUGUGGGUCCGUGUGUUGAGCUUGGACCCGAACGGUAAUAACGCAGUGACAUCAUUGAUCUGCUAGUGCAUUGGUUCAUCCGAUGAUCCAUCCAGUUCGCCAACCAUACCUUGUCUAGGUUUCCCCGAUGACCAUGC